GCAAGGAUAACAGAAAAAAUACUACAAUGGCUCGUACCAAGCAGACCGCUCGUAAGUCCACCGGAGGAAAGGCUCCUCGUAAGCAGCUGGCUACGAAAGCCGCUCGCAAGAGUGCGCCAGCCACCGGAGGCGUUAAGAAGCCACAUCGCUACCGGCCAGGAACCGUCGCUCUGCGUGAAAUCCGUCGUUACCAAAAAUCCACGGAAUUGUUGAUCCGAAAAUUACCAUUCCAGCGUUUGGUUCGUGAAAUUGCUCAGGACUUCAAAACCGAUCUGCGUUUCCAGAGCUCGGCCGUGAUGGCCCUGCAGGAAGCCAGCGAGGCUUAUUUGGUUGGUCUGUUCGAAGAUACCAAUCUGUGUGCCAUCCACGCCAAGCGAGUGACCAUCAUGCCGAAGGAUAUUCAGUUGGCACGCCGCAUCCGCGGAGAACGCGCUUAAAUUCAACAUUCAACUGACAUCAAACAU